AUGGACCAUGGAAGACGAAUGGUGGACACCAUUGAGUGCGCGAUGAGCUAUCUAUAUGUUGAAGAUUACUGCGUGGGUGGACCGGACAAUAUUGGUGAACAAAAAGGGGAAAAGAACGACGAUGACCGAAUUGACUGCCAGAACUGGCCCUUUAAUGGAGAAGAAUCAUUGGUAUCUGAGUCCAUCGUGUUCGACGAAGCGCCGUCAAAACGACCACUGACCCCUUUAAGUCGGCGUCUGCAAGUCGGGUUGCCAGUAGAGACUAUGCAAACAGCCCCGGCAGCCUUCGCCAACGAGUUCCAUAGUUGUGAUGAGCGCCUGGGUGAUAUGGCUCUCAUGCACGCCAAAGUUUACUGCUUCGCGCAUCUGUAUUUAAUCUCCAAGCUCGAGGAUCUGGCCCUGCAGCGUCUAACGCAGCUUCUUCAAAAUUGCGACAUACCGACCAGCCCAUUUUUCUGCGGCUUGCAGAUGCAAUCCGCCUUGUCUAUGGCUCAACGCCGAAAUCGGAACCGAAGGAUCCUGCGCGGGAACUGCUAUCUCACAGAAGGAGGCGACUUUAUGAUAGAUGUGUCGUACAAAUUAGGCCUGCGGAUAUCAAUGCAUGGUACAUCCGCUCAGUCUUUCGAAGGUCAGAUUGACCACCUCGAAAUGAAUAUCAAGAGAUUAGAGCAGGAAGCUCAAGAUCAAGCACGCUUACUGAAGCGAGCAGAAGAAGAAUUCCAAGAAUGGGAGAGCUGGAAUCGAGGAAUAUCGAAAAAGCUCAGGAAGGCGAAAAGGGUAGUGGCACCAUCCCAAUUUAGCGCUGUUCGCGAAUCCUCAGCCUAG